AUGGAAUAUGCAUGUGCUAUUUAUGGCAACAUACGUGAAUGUGAACGCGCGUACUUGAAACUUGUUGAAUAUCUUUUAAGUAAACUUCUAUCAGAUCACUCUUCAUAUUCUUCAUAUCCGCAACUAUUUGAUCAAUAUGGUAUUACAACAAUGGAGGUGAAUUUUCUCAAAAAAGAACUUGAAGAAACAAAGAAAGUGAAACAAGAUGAAGCACUCCGUAGCUUUGAAGUUUUAACCAAGGGCGAUGCUAACGCAUUGAAGAGAGAAGAGAAGUUAGAUGUUGAAAUGAAACAAGGAGCAGGUGCAUCUGAUACAAAACCAGAAGACUCUACCGUGGUUAGAAAUUUGAAAAAAGAAAAUUCGGCUAUGAAGAAACAAAUUGAUGAGAUUUUGAAGGUGAACAACGAGUGGGACCAACAUUAUGCAGGAAUGAAAUCCAGCUUUGAAGCCAAACUCAAAAAGAUUGAGGAAGACAACAUGAGAGUGAAAGAAGACCUCGACAGAAAAAUGAAGGAGAGUCUUCAAAGAAUGGCAGCUGAGAAUCAGAAAGAGUCAAUUCUGGACAAAAAGCAGAGGGAAUUUGAUCAGAUGUUGACUCAGGCUAAGGCUAGGAUUGAUGCUGUUGAAGCUGAGAAAGUAGAACAUCAGAAUCGAUCAGCACGACUUGAGAAAUGGGUUCACAUGCUUCUGGUACAAAAAGCAGAAAGUGAAGUGGAGAUCGCAAGACUAAACCAGGAAUUGGAGAACUGCAUGCGUAAUAUUCAUGAUUUUAAACUACCACUCGGAGCUGCAGCAGCUUAUUCGGCACCCCAGAGGAAUCUUAUCCCCAGGGGCAUAGAUAACGAUGUGACUCAGCGUAUGCAAGAACAAAUGGACCUUCUUCAGCAGCAGAAUAUGGCGUUCCAGUCGGAUUUCAACCAGGAGCGUAGGGAUCGCCAGCAUGCGGUCGGUCAACUGACUGAGGCUAAGGAAGAGAUCGAAGCUUUGAGGAAAAUUGCAAUGGACUUACAGGAACAGGUCAAUUCCGAUGCAAGGAAAGUGAAGCGACCACCAGGUGUUAAAGGCUACUACAUCCAAGAAGUCCCUCCCGGAGGCAAGAUUUUUCGGCGUGGUAUUAACUAUGGCGGAAAUGAUAUGUUCGUGGAUAACGAUAUUGAAAUUGAUGGUCCUGACGGCACUGAGCAACCAGAUCCUGAAUCAGAAUGCCCUAUGUGCCAGCGAGUGAUUCCCAACAAAGAAGAAUUGGAACGGCAUGUUGAACGUUGCACCAACAACUUUGACUAGCUAAGGCCUGAUGUAUGGUAUGAUUGGUCAGCAUUAAAGCAUUGAAGAGACAUAUAUUAUUAUAUUAUAUUAUAUAAUAUAUAUAAUAUACAUAACACACACAUAUAUAUAUGUAUGUAUGUAUAUAUACAUACAUACAUAUAUUAUUGUGUGGCUAGCAAAGCGAGCUUGAGCACUCACAGUCAGUGAAGAAGGUUGCACUUCCUGUGCCGCAUGUUCAGCUUCGUGUAUUAUUUCUCCUUUUCCAACCAGAAGUUGCACUACAUGUUUUAGUACACUAGGGACUUUGCAGUGGUUUCCUAUAGUAACUUAACAAUGAAAUGCACUUCAAACAAUGCAUUGAGAUCAAUUCAGUCUUCUAUUUCAUUGAAUAUUUUUACACAUUAAUAUUAACAAUAUCAACAAUAUUUCAUUAAAAAUAAUGAUAAAUAAAAUAAAUAUUAUACCAUUUUUAUUAGUUAGGAAAAUAUAUGAAUAAUAUAUUUUUUCCUAUCCACCCAGAAGUAGCACUGAUGUUAGUAAUGUUUUGUAAUACUGUUUCGUGCAGUAACUAAAUGCAUUUCAGAAGAGGCAAGUCAAAUAAAAAUAUACAACUUCAUGAAUAAAUAUCAAAUUAUAUAAAUCAAAUUAUAUAUUAAUAUCCAAAUAAUUAUAUAAAUCAUAAAAAUCAUUGAAACUAUACAUGGAGAAGAGUUUCACACCAAAUUAUUCCUAAUAUACUGUAGUGCGAUAUAUACUAUCACAAAACAGAGAAAAGAUCACAUAUUUAUACUAUAAAAUGACCUCUGACCUUUGUUACUUUUAUUAGCAUUUUGUGUCUGAAUAGAAAAUCUGGCUCCAUUGAGAUCUUAAAAUUCUAUCAAGACAUUUAUUUUUCUCAAUAUUUUUACUUUUCUCUUAGAAGAAAAAGAUAAAUGUAAGUUUUUAGAGGUUUGUAAGUGUCAUGAACCUCCACAUUAUUAAUUGUAUUGGUCACUUAAUUAUUAAAAUCUGAUGAAAGUAAUUUUAUUCCAGCAUUUUUUAUUCAAUUUUAUAUUUAACUUUGAAGUACGAUUCAAAAUAUAUUUUGAAGCACAUGGAUAAAGUAUACAGAGGUAUACAGAGAUGUAUAAUCUUGUGCACCGCAUUGAUAUUCUGUUUAAAAAUAGCUAUCAAAUUAAUUGAGGACUAUUCUAUUAACAGUUUUUAGCAGAUUCUAUCAAAAUGAAAUAUAAUGUAAUAUUGUAUUAUUAUUAUAAUUUCAUUUUUUUGACUAAAUUAUAUUUUUUUGUUCUUAUAUUUUGUUAUCAUAUUGUAUGGUAUCAUAUUAUGAUUAUGAAAUUAUGUUUGUUUCACUAUUAAAUUAAGUAUUGAAGUAAUUAAACUUCUUUGAAAUGCAUAUUCAUUGUUUGGGAAAAUUUUAAAUGCAUUUGAACAGAAAAUUUAUAUGUCUAGCUUUGCACAGUUUAUUUCUCUUAUGGUAAUAUUAUAGAAAUUCAUUAUAGAAUGAUAAAGACCGUAAUAAAGGUUAAAACCAGUUCGAAAUUUUAUCGUAAUAAAGGUUAAAACCAGUUCGAAAUAAAGAAAAAAAUUAGAAGAAAGAAUGAAUAAACAUACACAGGUAUACCAAUAAUGAUAAAUACGAGAAUCGUAUUUAUCAUUAUCCUGACAUGAUUGAUUUAUUUUAAAACCAGCCAAACAAUUGCUGGAUUUGGUGUUUGAUGAUUUUCAUUUGCUUAAUUUGCCUAAAGUUUUGAGUGUAAUCCGGAAUUUAAUAUUUUAUUUAGUUUUUAGAUUAAGAGAGUUUGAUGAUAUUGAUGCAGUAAUGGAUCUAUCAGUAGGUCCACUCUUUUUUGCAGCAGUUAUUAGUGAUCGUAAUUAAUUAUGCUUAUCAGAAGAAAAAAAUGGAUAAACACACAAUUGAUAUUUGUUGGUUAAAGAAUCGUAUUUAUGAUUAUCUUAAUUAUUUAUGAAGGAUUGGUAUUUGUUUUCAGCAGUUACAAGUGGGCAUGCAAUGUGAAUGCCUUAUUCUAAAACCAGUCAACUAUGAGUGUUAGUAAUGCAGAAUUACAUAUUUGAUUUGUUUUUUAGAUCAAGAUAGUUUAAUGAAAUCGAUGUAAGUGUUUAUCUAUCAGUAGGUCCAUUGCCUUAUUGCAGCAGUUCUCAUUGUCAAUGAGCAUUUCAAUAUUAAGAUCCAUGUUGUGGGUGAUUGCAGUCUUUUGGUCUAAUGGAAAGCAGUAUUUCAAGUUUCUUGUCACUGAUUUUUCUGUGGAUUGUGAUCUAUUGUGAAGAUCCGAUGCAGAAUGCUAUAUAUCACUUCAUUUUAUGUCGUGUUUUGCAGUUAAUAUUAGUUUUACUGUUUAUUGGUGUUUAUAUCUAUUGAUUCUGAAUUGACUAGAACAUCAUAUUUUAAAUGAUUAUAAUGGUCUCAUAAUUGAUAAUUGUGGGAUUUUAAAGAUCUCCUUUAAUCACAACUAUUCAGUGUGAUUUCCAAUUGCUGAAACUGAUCAUUUUUUUUCAGUGUUGAUCACUGUUGGCUUUAGCUUUCAUUUGUGUAGUUAUGGCAAUCUUUGAAAAUUUGCAUAUAUGGUGUACUGUCUCAAUAUUGGUUAUGUAUCCAGUUUUUUAUAUUAUCGCAUGAAUUUAAUGCUUCUUGGAUAGAAUAGUCUGUAGGUCUACAAAGUGUUCUUUGAAAGGUGUAUACUGUAGAUAGGUAUACAUAUUUCUGAAGAGCCUUUACUUUGUCUACGUUGGUAGAUUUGUUUUAGGAAUGUAGUAGUUUUGUUGUGGUUACAAUAUACAACGAUAGUUGUGAUUGUCAUUUGAAUAAUCUGGGAUGAAUGACCUACCAGAGGUUUAAUCACCUUCUCUGCACCCUGGUGCUGUCACCAGUAUAGAAGUGUAUCAGCAUUUUGUUUCACUUAGGUAGAAUCGGUUGUUCUCUGUGGUUUGAUGAAGCAUCUUCUCAAAAGCAUAUAAUAUUGAAUUUUAAAAAAUUCAAUAUGUUUUAGUGAAAAGUGAAGAUAUGUAAGAUCAUCAUCACAUGAUUUACAAAACUUCCAACAAGGAAGAAAACACUAAAUGAAUUUUUGAGGAUAAAAUGUUAUAAAAAAAUUGUGAUUGAUCUAACUGAUUUUUUCUUUUGGUUUAAAAGAAUGUUAAAGCACUCAAAUUUGAAAGCUUGAUUGUAGUAUAGUGAAAUGGCAAAAUUAUUAAAUUCCUGUUUUAAACAGAA